CCAUAUACAUUAGCAUUUGCAUUCUACCAGAUCAAGGUGAGGUACUCAGUGGUUUUGAGACUACCUAGGGCUGGAAACAACUAUGGCUGACACAGCAGAAAAGUUGGAGGCUGAGAUAAAUAUCAAGUCUGAUCCUGAUGAAUUCUUCCAUAGCUUUGGUGGUAAAGCACACCAGCUUCCAAAUCUUUGCUCUGAGAAAUUGCAUGCUAUUGAUCUUCAUGAAGGUGAUUGGAAGACUGAGGGCUCUGUCAAGCAUUGGACUUAUGUAACUGAUGGGAAAGUUGAAACUGUGAAAGAGAGAUUUAAAGUUGACGAGGAGAACAGGAUAGUAACUCUGGAAGCAAUUGAAGGAGACAUUAAGGAACAAUACAAGAGCUAUAAGGCUGAGUUGCAGGUUAUUUCAAAAGGUGUCUCAAACUUUGCCCACUGGAGCAUUGAGUAUGAGACCAUCAAGGAGAAUGAUCCUGCUCCAACUAAGUACCUUCACUGGCUAAUUCAUGCUGCAAAAGAUGUGGAUGCUUCACUUCUCAAAGCACGAAAAUAAAUAUAUCUAUAUAUACCAUAUGAUACUUCUAUGGGUAAUAUAUACCAUAUGAUUGCCAUCCUGUCAAGGCUUGGUUGUACUUCAUAUGAGUGUUAACCGUUGUACGUUUGCUGAUAAAAAAAAAUAAAACGAAGGUUUCGUGUGGCUUUUUAUCUGUCUUA